AUGGUAAAGGACUCUGAAAGCAAAUAAACCUGCUGGUUCAUAACAAAGGGAUGCCUAAAUGGCUUAGGAACUCAGGAGAAUGAGUGUUGACUCAGAGAUGCCCUGCUCUUGCAACUUUCACUGGGGCGUUUCAAAAAGAGCCAUUAACACACACACCCUGCGCCCACUUCUGGUGCUGUCUCAACAAACAAAAGAGCCAGGAGAUUAAAUCCCAUAUCCAGGCAUGUCGUAAGCAGUGCACACAGACCUCCUCUCCUUUGCAAAAGUUAUUUGGGCAAUGAACUGAAUUUUAGGAAACCUGCCCCAGAGGGGGAAGUCACAUUUGUCUGUGGCAGCCAAACCAAGAUGAUUCCCUAACAGCUUAGAUGGGGGUCAGUAAACUUUUUCAGUAGGGGGCCAGUCCCUCAGACCUUGUGGGGGGCCGGACUAUAUUUUGAAAAAAAUAAAAUAAAAUGAACGAAUUCCUAUGCCCCACAAAUAACCCAGAGAUGCAUUUUAAAUAAAAGGACACAUUCUACUCGUGUAAAAACACGCUGAUUCCCGGACUGUCCGUGGGCCAGAUUGAGAAGGCGAUUGGGCUGGAUCUGGCCCCUGGGCCUCAGUUUGCCUACCCAUGGCUUAGAAGAUUAGCUAGAAGGCAACCUUGAAGCCUAUGGUUGCUGUGGAAUGGUUGAAAGGCUGAGCUUUGAACCUGGAAAGCCUCCCUUGGACUUACUCAGUGCAAACCCUUCUCUUUCUGCCUCCAUUUGCAGGGUGGCUUUGCUAACAAUGGCCUACCUCACUAGGGAGGGAGAGACUGUGUUGUGUAGUGGUUAGAGUGCUGGGCUGGAGAGGCCCAGGUUCAAAUCCACAGACUAACCUACCUCAAAAGGCUGCUGUGAGGAUAAAAUUGGGGCAGUGGGGGAGGACUAUGCAUGCCCCCUUGGAGGUCCUUGGAGGAAAGGCACCUAGGACAGGAGCCAAUGAAAUGAUGUGAGGAUUAUUGAGAUAAUACAGUUAUGUGCCACCCCAUUCUCAAAGCAAUGAGAGGCCCUGGGAAUUCCAGGUCCUUACCCAGAGUUUGGUUUCCUUGGGAUGAAGGUCAGCAGAGACUCUGGAGUUUUUAACAUAUAUGAUUUUAUUUACACAUUUAUACAACUUGAGCAUGGACGUGAGUGGCGCUGUGGGUUAAACCACAGAGCCUAGGACUUGCCGAUCAGAAGGUCGGCGGUUCGAAUCCCCACGACAGGGUGAGCUCCCGUUGCUCGGUCCCUGCUCCUGCCAACCUAGCAGUUCGAAAGCACCUCAAAGUGCAAGUAGAUAAAUAGGUACCGCUCCGGCGGGAAGGUAAACGGCGUUUCCGUGCGCUGCUCUGGUUCGCCAGAAGCGGCUUAGUCCUGCUGGCCACAUGACCCGGAAGCUGUACACUGGCUCCCUCGGCCAAUAAAGCGAGAUGAGCGCCGCAACCCCAGAGUUGGCCACGACUGGACCUAAUGGUCAGGGGUCCCUUUACCUUUACAACUUGAGUACAGGAUGGGGGGGUGCUCACAGCAUCAACACCCCAGGAGAUAUUUCUUCUCCAUCAGUCACAGCUUUGGUUCCAGCACAGAGCAAGCCGGUGUCUGUUUCUCCAGCUCAACUCACAGCCCAAAACUGUGGGUGUCCUUCUUCUACCCAGCAGCCAGGUGAGUUGGGGGGAAGGAGGAAAGGCCCACCCAUGAGCCUGGAGGGCCUAAUAAUAAUAAUAAUAAUAAUAAUAAUAAUAAUAAUAAUAAUUUAUACCUCGCCCAUCUGGCUGGGUUUCCCCAGCCACUCUGGCCGGCUUCCAACAAAAUAUUAAAAUACAGUAAUCCAUCAAACAUUAAAAGCUUCCCUAAACAGGGCUGCCUUCGGAUGUCUUCUAAAAGUCUGGUAGUUGUUUUUCUCUUUGACAUCUGGUGGGAGGGCGUUCCACAGGGCGGGCGCCACUACCCAUCCCUUCAUUGCAGCUCCUGCAGCACAGCUUCUUCGGAUCAGGACCCUUGAGUGGACAGCGGAGGUCAUUGCCUUCCAAAGAAACUUGUUCAGCAGUAGAAUCCGCCAUUAGAUUUUAACUCACAUCGGGUACGGGACCCCAAGAAUUCAUCCAGAUAGACCCCCCUCGGACAAACAAUACAAAUGAAAUGGCUUUCGUCCUUUGCAAAGGAAAAAAAUGUGUCAUAAAGUGCUAGCAGUUCCUGCUGGAUCCUAAAGUUUGACUUGGUGGGGUCUGAAUCCUAGAUGCCUUGUCAUCUCAGAAGCUCUGAGACCUGCUAAUCCUCUCCCCGUUUGACCAGGCACGGUGCUUCUUUGAGAGUGAUGGAUGGAUAGAUUGAUUGGUUGCAUCCCAAAUAUACAUUGUGUGUUGUGUGCAGAAAGCAGGCUCCCCAUUUUCCCACAAGUAAACGUUUCACGCCCUCGGCAAACCUAAGCUUGACAUGUCUCCUGACCUUCAGCUUUUUGCCCACAUCUGAUAGCCAAAUAAAAGCCAAGUCUCCUUCGCCCACAGAAGCAAGGGAGGCAGCAGAAGUGGUCCAGCCAGUGUCUCUGGGAUCUACCACCUUCCCAAAGCAGUAAGGUAAGAUCUGAGUUUCUGGGUGGGCUGGCGAGUUCAAGUACCCCUGAAAGACAACCAUCCAACCUCUCUUUAGAAACCUGCAAGGAAGGAGAGUUUGCCACCUGCAGCCAAAGAUACACCACCUUUUCCAUUGCACAUUAAAAGCCAAAAAAUCACAGCAUCAGAGAGCUGGAAGAGAAUCUUGUGGCUCAACGCAGGUUGUAACUGCAGCAUCCAUGACCGAUGGCUCUCCAGCCUCUGCUCUAUAUUAUUAUUAUUGUUUGUUGUUGUUGUUGUUUAGUUGUUUAGUCAUGUCCGACUCUUCGUGACCCCAUGGACCAGAGCACGCCAGGCACUCCUGUCUUCCACUGCCUCCCCCAGUUUGGUCAAACUCAUGCUGGUAGCAUCGAGAAGACUGUCCAGCCAUCUCGUCCUCUGUCGCCCCCUUCUCCUUGUGCCCUCCAUCUUUCCCAACAUCAGGGUCUUUUUUUUUUUUUUUUUUUAAAUUGAUAUUUAUUAAAUUUUCAAAGGAUAACAACAAAAUUUCCAAAAAAAGUUGAAAAUACAAAAAUAACAAAAGUAAUACAAAAAUAUUAAAGAAAAAGAAAAGAAAACCCAGCCGCAAAAAGAAAAAAAGAAAAACAGAAAAAUAGAAAAAUGUAGUUCUUUACCAUCUCCAUUAACUUCCUUUCUAGACUUCCUCCUCCUCCCCUCUCUUGUUUCUUAGUUUUUAAUUUUCACAGCAAAUCCUUUCUGUCUUUUUUUUCCCCCCACAACAAUCUAUCAUUACAUUUCCUUAUUCUAUUUUCCCUCUUGUCAUAUAAAAACUUUAAUUCAAUAUUCAAUAUUUAGCAAAUUCUUACAUCAUUACCUUUUUACACAUCAUUUACCAAUCCUUACUUAAGCCAUGUAAUUUCAUUCAACACCCUUCAGACAUUUAUAAACAUUCCCAAUAUUAAGAAGUAAAAAGAAAAAAUAGUAAGUCAAAUUCAGCCCAGUCAACUUCCAGCCUCCACUCCCCAGGACCCAAGAUUGUCAGUCCUUUUAACUUCAAUAAUCCAACUCGUUAACCUGGUUGUCUCGUAUCCGAGGCUCUCAAGUCUCUUUCUUGCCCCUUUCGCCGCUCUUGUUGAUGUUCCCUUUCAAUCGUGGAGACUCCAGCAGAGAAAUGCUUUUAACUCUUUGCAGCAAGUCCAUUCCAGACCCAUUACCCAGGCCAGAGAGCAGAUAAUGCCAGUUCCAUUUUCCACAGAGCUUGGAGACUUCAACUACUCCAAUCUUCUGAUGGCCCAUCAGAUUUGCCCCAAGUUCAUUUAUCAAGUUCAAAAGCUGAUCUUGCCCAUCCAAUGGUCCCUCCAUCUCUGAAGCCUCCAUCACUACAGCAGGUUCAUAUACUUGUAUAGACUUUAACUGAAUUUCAUUUGUUUGCUGCUGUGCUCUGGUGACUUCCAUCAUCAAGGUCGACUCCUGACGCAUCUGGUCCAGCUGGGCACUUAAUUUUGCAAAACCUUCCAGGAACACUUGUUGAAGCCUUUGUACUAGCAUUGUCCUUCAAGGUCGAAAAGAAUUCUUUCCCACGAGAAAUAGCUCUUCUUUUUUUAAGCUCUCUGCAUUGCAAUUUCACUCAGUUCCACUAGAUGGAACAAAUUUUACUUUUGCAACAAUCUUACUUUUUCCAAAAACACUUUGUCCAAAAUUCCCUAAGAGGCAACAGUAAAGUCAAAAUGUUACCCUUCUUUUAACUAUCUGUCGAGCUGGAUACACUUCAAGACGUCAAUUCUGACAGCCCGCUCCUGGUUCAGGGCGGUGGAAAAUUACUUUAUUUUAAACUCACUUCCACAGGGUUAAAAAAAAACCAAAACCACCCCCUUCUUCUCCUGCAGUCAAAGGGGGGUUCAGAAAUCUUAGGUGUUGAAUUUUAGUUCUCUCAGAAUUUAAUUUUCAAGCUUUAGUAUAAUUUAUCUUUGCUUUCUUCGCUUAACAAAAGAACGGAAGGUUGACUUCCUGUUUAGACCUUUCCGUUCCGAGUCCCAAUUAAGUUCAAUUUCAAGUCCAGAUCCAAUAUUAUUUAAUUGUUCUCCAAUCUUAAAAGUAGUUCAGCUCUUCCAAGAUCAGGUACUCACGGAUAGAUGUUUUAAAUGCCAGAUUGUCCAAGAAGAAGGCAGCGCUCUCCGAAAACGGCAGUGCGGCUUUGCUGCACGGAGGGAGCAGUCGACUCACAGCACCACGCACCUCCCGCUCCGGAGCCCGUUGCCGGGCUCCUGUACUAGGGGAGAGGGCGCUCUCGGUGCCCGCCGAGUCCCACGGCCACAGGCUUCUUCCGCCUGUGGUUUUGAGGGCCCCCGCUGCGCCGUAGCGGCAGGACCCAAGCCUCCGUGCAGCGGGUUCCCUUCAGUUCGAAGGGAAUUCCGCCAUUUUUCGGAGGCGCCACCCCGGAAGUGAUCAGGGUCUUUUCCAGGGUCUUUUCUCUUCUCAUGAGGUGGCCAAAGUCUUGGAGCCUCAGCUUCAGGAUCUGUCCUUCCAGUGAGCACUCAGGGCUGAUUUCCUUCAGAAUGGAGAGGUUUGAUCUUCUUGCAGUCCAUGGGACUCUCAAGAGUCUCCUCCAGCACCAGAAUUCAAAAGCAUCAAUUCUUCGGUGAUCAGCCUUCUUUAUGGUCCAGCUCUCACUUCCAGCUUUCACUUGAUGAUGAUGAUGAUGAUGAUGAUGAUGAUGAUGUCAUGCAGCAAGAAUGUCCAGGCUGCAUAGGUGGGCAUGCACAGAAUGUUACUAGUCCUGCUGUGGUCUCAACCACGGAGCCUCUUGGGCUUGCCGAUCGGAAGGUCGGCAGUUCGAAUCCCCGCGAUGGGGUGAACUCCUGUUGCUCUGUCCCAGCUCCUGCCUGCCUAGCAGUUUGAAAGCACACCAGUGCAAGUAGAUAAAUAGGCACCACUCUGGCAGGAAGGUAAACGGGUUUCCGUGUGUUCUGGUUUCUGUCAUGGUGUCCCGUUGCACCAGAAGCAGUUGAGUCAUGCUGGCCACCUGACCCGGAAAGCUGUCUGUGGACAAACACUGGCUCCCUUGGCCUGAAAGUGAGAUGAGCGCUGCAACCCCAUACUCGCCUUUGACUGGACUUUACUGUCCAAUAAUAAUAAUAAUAAUAAUAAUUUAUUUAAACCCUUCCCAUCUGGCUGGGUUUCCCCGGCCACUCUGGGCAGCUUCCAACAGAAUAUUAAAAUACAAUAACCUAUUAAACAUUAAAAGCUUCCCUAAAGAGGGCUGCCUUCAGAUGUCUUCUAAAAGUCUGGUAGUUUUUGUUCUCUUUGACAUCUUUGACAUCUUUGACAUCUUUGACACCUUGACAUUCCACAGGGCGGGUGCCACCACCGAGAAGGCCCUCUGCCUGGUUCCCUGUAACCUCGCUUCUCACAGGGAGGGAGGGAACCACCAGAAGGCCCUCGGUGCUGGACCUCAGUGUCCGGGCAGAACGAUGUGGGUGGAGACGCUCCUUCAGAUAUAGUGGACAGAGGGGUCUUUUACCUUUUUACCUUGUGAGUGAGUAGGCAUUUCAGGUUGUAGCAGGUUGAAGGCACUAUUUGCUCCCAUGGACCUUCUGUUGCUGGCCUACAGCUGCAAGAUCCUUUGGGUUUUGACCAUUGUCCUUUCUCUCGUGCCUCUUCCUUUCCCCCUAGGUUGCCCAGCGGUUGCACCACAAAGCAGAAGAUGUUGAAGCUUUGCAUCCUGAGUGUCCUCCUUUGCCUCCUUGUCCCCUCGCAAGGGUCCACCCCAGGGACUGUAGUGAGGGUCAACCAAGAAGCCCUUGAGUAUGGUGAGUACCCUUCCACAGGACCUUGCAUCUCUUUAAGACCUGGAAUCAACAUUAGUGAUUUUUUUUUUUUUUUUUUGAAAAGCUUUUGCAGAUGACCUGGUUUUGACCUUGCAGAAGCCAGAGCCCAGUACGAAAAGAGUAUUACAAUUGAUUAAUGAUUUUGGUCGGGUGGCGGGAUUUAAAUUAAAUAAACAGAAAACUAAGGUUUUGGGGAAAAAUUUGACUGAUACAGAGUCAGAACGGUUUCAGAAUGAGACGGAACUUAAUGUGGUUAAAAAAGUAAAAUACCUAGGGGUAAACAUAACAGCAAAAAUCUAAGUCUAUUUAAGGAUAACUAUGAAAAAUGUUGGGCAGAAAUUAAGAGAGACUUAGACAGUUGGUCAAAAUUGAAACUUUCUUUGUUAGGCCGAAUUGCUGCUAUUAAGAUGAAUGUAUUGCCAAGGAUGUUGUUUUUAUUUCAAACACUUCAGGUUUUGGACCAAGCGGAGUGCUUUCAUAAGUGGGGGAGAGUUGUUUGGAAGUUUGUCUGGCGGGGCAAAAGCCCAGAAUCAAGUUUAAGAUAUUAACUGAUGCAAAACAAAGAGGGGGCUUGCCCUGCCGGACUUAAAGUUGUAUUAUGAAGCCGCAGCGUUCUGCUGGCUAAAAGACUGGCUACUUCUUGAAGACACUGAUGUGUUGGAUUUGGAAGGGUUUAAUAAUGUUUUUGGAUGGCAUGCAUAUUUAUGGUAUGACAAAGUUAAAGCAAAUAAGGCCUUCAAGAACCAUAUUGUCAGAAAAUCAUUGUAUAAUGUCUGGACAAAAUAUAAAGACUUGCUGGAAAAUAAAACACCAAGGUGGCUUUCACCUUUGGAAGCUAAGGCCCGAAAAGACCCAAUAUGGAGGCUAAAUGGCCAAAAUAUUGGGAAAUACUAGAAAAGAUGGAGACAAUUGGAAAUUGCAGAGUUUGGAGAAAAUGAAAGACAAAGUGCGAGAUUGGUUACAUUACGCUCAGAUUAAAGAAGUUUUUAAAAAUGAUAAGAAACUAGGGUUCCAGGUGGAGAAAUCGAAAUUAGAAACAGAAUUGUUAGAACCAAAGACUAAGGUACUUUCAAGGAUGUAUAACUUGCUGUUGGAAUGGAAUACACAAGAUGAAAUGGUUAAAUCGGCUAUGAUAAGGUGGGCACAGGACAUUGGGUAUAAUAUUAUGUUUGAGGACUGGGAAAAGUUGUGGAGUAAUGGAUUGAAAUUUACUGCAUGUAACGCUCUGAAAGAAAAUGUAAUGAAAAUGAUUUAUAGAUGGUAUAUGACCCCAGUUAAACUUGCAAAAAUUUACCACCUGUCUGAUAAUAAGUGUUGGAAAUGUAAAGAGUGUGAGGGAACGUUCUUCCACCUCUGGUGGACCUGCCCUAAAGUGAAGGCGUUCUGGGAAAUGAUUUAUAAUGAAUUGAAAAAGGUAUUUAAAUAUACCUUUACCAAGAAACCAGAGGCUUUCCUUCUGGGUAUUGUCAGCCAAGGGGUGGCAAAGAAGGACCAGACAUUUUUAUGUAUGCAACAACAGCAGCAAGGAUACUUCUUGCAAAACAUUGGAAAACUCAAGAUUUACCCACACUGGAAGAAUGGCAGAUGCAACUGAUAGACUACAUGGAACUGGCUGAAAUGACUGGCAGAAUCCGUGACCUGGGAGAAGAGAGAAUCGAGGAGGAUUGGAAGAAAUUUAAGAACUAUCUACAAAAAUAUUGUGAUUUGAGUGAAUGCUAAAUAAGAUGCUAGACUAAAUAACUGAGCACCACUUAACUUAGAAGUUUUUAAGAAAACAAGUAAGACUGUGAAAGUUUAACUCUUUAUGAGAACCAUAAGAUUAUGAAACAUUGAAGAGAUAUAAGAAUUUAAAUAAGAUGAUAAAUUGCUGACAAAAUGUUAUAACGAUGAAAGUGGGAGCGGGGGAUGUGAGGAAGUCCAAAGAAAAUGUGAAACUAUGUUAAGACAAAUGUUAUAUUGUUUAUUAUGUUUAUUCUUAUUGUAAAACCCAAUAAAUUGCUUUAAAAAAAAAAAAAAACAUUAGUGAUUUUUUUGUAUUCAUACAAGAAUUAGCACGAAUGACACAGCCCAGCCGACUCACGUUCCUGGACGCUUGUAGGUCCUUCGGUGCUCUGUGGUGCUAUGCAGUCUAUUCAGAACCUCUUCUGAAUGGAUUUCCCCCUCAAUUGAUUUUUGAAUUCUGAAUUUAUUGUUAUUCAUGCUUUAUACUGUAUUUUAUGCUGGUUUUUGUUGCAUCAAUUAAGUGUUUUAAAUUUGUUGUUAGAACCCCUGAGCCCGGUUUUUGAACAGGGAAGGGCGGGGUAUAAAUAAAUUUUAUUAUUAUUAUUAUUAUUAUUAUUAUUAUUAUUCAGAGUAGACCUGUUGAAAGCAAUGUGUGAAAGCCCGUGUAGUGUAGUGGUUGGACUAGGAUCUGGGAGCAGAGGCGCUGUCUUGUAACCAAGUUUGGGAGCUGGGGCUGGCAUGUGGGGCAUAUGCAAUGUCAUGCAUGCAACAUGCAUCACACAUGUGAUAUCAUGCGCACAACGCACAUCACAUCACAUUGGUUGGGGAGGCCAAGCCUAGAGCCCAGCGUGGCACAGCUUCCUCUCUCAUGCUCAGGAGGAGCCAGCGAAUGAUCUGCUCUCCACUCGGCCUCUUCCACCCCCUGCCAGCAGAUAUGGAGGGGGACAGAGACUUCUCCACACCCAAGGAGUUGGCGCACCUGCCUGGGAGACACCAGGGUUCUAAUCCCCACCUGGCCAUGCCGCUCCCUGGGUGGCCAGACACUGCCUCUCAGCCUAGCCUACCUCACAAGGUUGUUGUGAGGAUUAAAGGGGGGGGGGAGGAGAACCAGGUCUGCCAUGUUUGAGCUUCCUGGAGGAAAAGGUGAGAUAUAAAUGCAAUAAUCCUCCUCCGCCAGGGCCAGAGCCUUUUCAGUGGUGGCUCCGACCUGGUGGAAUGCUCUGUCCCAUGAGACCAGGGCCCUGCAGGAUUUAACUUCCUUCUGUCGGGCCUGUAAGGCAGAGCUAUUCCGCCUGGCCUUUAAUUUGAAUUCAGCCUGAUCUUUUAUUUCCCUUCCCUUCCCUCCCCCUCCCCUUUUAUGAAGAUCACCCGCUCUGAGACCCCACAGCUAAUUCUCCCCUGGUCUCCUUGCUGGCCCAAGGAAGACCAAUUCAGCCAGCUAGCCCUGGGGAUUAUCUAACUGAUUUUUUAUUCUUAUUGUUAUUCAUCUUUUAUACUGUAUUUUAUGCUGCUUUUAUAAUUAAGUGUUUUAAAGUGUUUUAAUUUUUUUGUUAGCCACCCUGAGCCCAGUUUAUGAACCGGGAAGGGCGGGUUAUAAAUAAAAAAAUAUUAUUAUUGUUAUUAUUUUGGACCUAAGUUGCAAAUGCCCAUUAAUUAGGGCUGCCAUAUUUCAAAAAGUGAAAAUCCGGACACAAAAGUUGUUGAGCUCUUUUUUGGGGGAAAUUCGGCCACUUCUGAAUGCCAUUUACUGUACCUGGAUUUCCCCAGACAUUUUCAACCCAUUUUGGAAAAUUCUGGCGGGACGCAUUUUUUGAUGGACGAAUCCCAGAUAUGGAAUGGAAAACAAGCGAGGUCCCAACCAAAGAAGAAUUGCCACUUACGCUGGUGGAAUAUACGCAGCUUGCAGACUUAACAUAUAGAAUAAGACAACAAGAAGAACAUAACGUUUAGAAAAGAUUGGGAAAUGUUUGGGGGGACAUUGUGUACACUUGAAAACACAGGCAGCAUUAAGAUAAACUCAACAGUGUAAAUAAGUUUUGAUGGAUGCAAUAAUGGAAUACUGAUUGGUAUAGUUUUUGUAAAAUAUGCAGGGAUUUAGGAUAUGUAAAAUGAACCAUGGAAAGAGAAGAAGGGAAGUUAUUGAUAUUGCAAGGAUGUUUAAAUGAGUAUUUAAAAUUGCAAAACAGAAAAUCUAAUAAGAAUUAUAUAAAAAAUGGCCCCUUCUCUUAAUAUCUCCACAGUCUGCCAGCAAGGGAAGCCAUCCUUGCUGCGAGGUCUCAUGGUCAUCCAGAUCCCGAAUUUCAUGAGCCCACGAACCAUUAUCGGAUCACUUCUGAAGGUCGUGGGGUGAGUGAUGUCUCUCCCAGGGGUUUCUGUAACCCAAGGAGGUGGUGGCCCAAAAAAGUUUAGGAACCACUGCAUUUGAGUUUUGAUGGUUAUUUAUUUCUCCCCUCCCCUUCCCCUCCUUUUGCAGAAUCCGAGUUUUGAACGCUCAGCUCCCUCAUCUCUCCGUGAAGCUGAUCCCAAGGUCUGGCGUCCAGCUGUCCCUCAGUGCCCAGCUGCACAUCCGAGGCAGCGUGUGAGUGACCUGCUUCUGGUUCGGAGUUCUAUGGGGUGGUUAACUUAGGAUGCUAGCAGCCGCUAUCGGACCCAGGUGUCAGGGCAGGUGCCGCAGGAUCAUGAGCUAGGUAAUCUGGAAGGCCUGGAUCUCCAGGUGGGUGAGAGGGCCUUGAAAUACGUUUUAAAAAGUAUUAAGAAGACCGCAUGCAGUCUGCAAGCUUCAGCCCAUCAGAAUGUGGCUGCAAAUUGAAGCAUAGACACUCUCUGGGAGAUCUGCUCUCUUCCACUAUUGAAUAUGGAUACGGAUACGAAUAUUAUUUAUACCCCACUCAUCUGGCUGGGUUUCCCCAGCCACUCUGGGCAGCUCCCAACAGAAUUUUAAAAACAGGAUAAAAGAUCAAACAUUAAAAACUUCCCUGAACAGGGAUGCUUUCAGAUAUCUUCUAAAAGUCAGAUAGUUGUUUAUUUCCUUGACAUCUGGUGGGAAGGCGUUCCACAGGGUGGGUGCCACUACCGAGAAGGCCCUCUGCCUGGUUCCCUGUAACUUGGCUUCUCGUAGGGAGGGAACCGUCAGAAGGCCCUCGGAGCUGGAACUCAGUGUCCGGGCAGAAUGAUGGGGGUUCUCUGUCUCUCCUUCUCUCUCCUAUUACUUUCUUGAUCUUUCUUUCUUUCUUUCUUUCUUUCUUUCUUUCUUUCUUUCUUUCUUUCUUUUUACAGAGUUUUAGGUGCAAGUGAUGCAAACCAAGAGUUUAUGUUGAGUAAACUUUGAUAGUAAACUUUGGAGUAUGAAAGCUCCAUGUAUGCCAACUUGGCAUUUAAUAAGAGGUUGAAAAAUUCAAUUGUGUAGGAGGUUUCGGAGGAGCAAAUUCAAUUCGGCUACAGAACUGUGGGCAGGUUACGUUAGCUCCCAUGAGAGCAGCAAGCUAUGCACUCCUUAGUCUUGGGGCGAACCGAGAGGCGUGAGCUCCCUGGGAUCCAGCACCCUCAACUGACCUUUCCCCUUGCCCCUUGGUGCAGCUUGAUUGCUCCAGUGGAGCUGAGGGUGGGCUCCUCCAUCCUGCUCGACGUCCGUGUCAUGAGAAGCCCCCAUGGAUUCCCCAUCCUGAGCGUCACGGCCUGCAAGUCCCUUCUGGGAGACGUGGACAUCCUCCUGGGAGGUAGCAAGUGAGUAGCGGACACCUGUGCGCAGGUUGGGCUUGACUUGUGCUUUCUUGCAAGUGGGAUGAAGUUUCACCUUAGCUAGAUUUCGUUAUCCUACCCUGAAAAAGAGAGUUUUGUUGAGCAGCCUGGGUCUAUUGCUAGAUUCAUCUCCUGCUAGCGAACUCUCAUCACCUGAAGAACAUCUGAAGAACAUUUUUAUGUAAUCUGAAGAACGUUUUUAUCUAAUCCUCCCUGCUAUGUCCCACUUGUCUUCCAUCAUGGAACCCAAAGUGGCAAGCAGAUGGGUCCUAGGCAGUCUCCCUCCAGCCCACCCCACAAUUUUUUGGGAUACAGACUCUUCUCCCUGGGAGAGAAAUCUCUGCCCAUAGAUUUGCAGAGGGGGUGAGGGUGGUGGAAAAAAAGACAAGAGGUUCCCUAGGAAACAGUGGGGUGGGGAAAAUGUCACCCACCAGCCAAGGAUUCUAUCUCUUUAAAGGUCAUUUGUGGGGAUGGUCUUUUGUCCCCCCUCUACUGUGGAUUGUAUGGGACGCAGGUGGCGCUGUGGGUUAAACCACAGAGCCCAGGACUUGCCGAUCAGAAGGUUGGCGGUUCAAAUCCCCGCCAUGACGGGGUGAGCUCCCGUUGCUCGGUCCCUGCUCCUGCCAACCUAGCAGUUCGAAAGCACCUCAAAGUGCAAGUAGAUGAAUAGGUACCGCUCCGACGGGAAGGUAAACGGCGUUUCCGUGCGCUGCUCUGGUUCGCCAGAAGCAGCUUUGUCAUGCUGGCCACAUGACCCGGAAGCUGUAUGCUGGCUCCCUCGGCUAGUAAAGCGAGAUGAGCGCCACAACCCCAGAGGCGGCCACGACUGGACCUAAUGGUCAGGGGUCCCUUUACCUUUUUAUUGUGGAUUGUGGAUGAUCACCUCUUGGCUCUCUUCUAAUGGGAAAAAAUAUGCAUAUGAAAGUUGUAUGCAAGAGAAAAAUUGAAAGUGUUUGAACACUUGCUCUUUCUGAUUCUUCUCCUCUGUGUCCUGCUCUCCAGUUUGCUGGGCUUCCUGAAACCCCUUCAGAACCACAUCCGUGCUGUCUUGGUUGACAAGGUAAACUGCUUUGCUCAUUCCUGUCCAUUUUAGCACACGUGCGCGCGCACGCACGCACACACACGCACACACACACACACACACACACACGAGAAAGGUCUUUGCUCAGGACCUGAUCAUGAGGCAAUGCGAGGCAGUCAUCUCAAGCAACCGAUAUCUUGGGUUCUGCAGGGUUGCUGUCGACAAAGUGCGUUGGGAUGUGAGAGGCAGGAUCCCUUGGACUUGCCUCUUCUCCUCCCUCCCCUCCCUCUCCCUAAAGACAGUAAGACAUGGAUGGAAGGGUAAAGUAAUCAAAGAUGUAGAAGGGUUGGGGGGAAAGCGAGUCAGUGGCUCUAUGUACUGGCUCCACUGUACUGUGGAGAGUGUAUUAACUUACGGUCUGUGUGUGUGGUAUGGGAGUUGAACAGUCAGGGAAAAAACAAUGCUGUCCAGGGUUGUAAAGACUGUGGAGAGAAUAACUGGGUGCACUCUUCCCACCUUGGAUCAAAUCUAUGCUUCCAGGUGCUAUAAGAAAGCUGCAGAGAUAGCGCAGGAUAGUGCGCACCCCGGAAAUGAUCUCUUUCAGCUUCUGCCUUCUGGAAGAAGGUACAGGGUUAUAAAGACUAGGACUAGCCACCUAAGAAACAGUUUCUGUUGGGAUACUGCUGGGGAGAUGGGGGCAUCAGGCAGGCCCCCAGCUGGCUCCGGACGAUCACCAGUCUCCCGUGGAACAGCAUCAGUCAGUCAGCGACAUGAGCCUCAGAUACGUUUAGAGACCCGUGCACACUCUGUCAGCAGAGUGUGUAAAUCACCUCACAGUAGAAGAGGCGGACAGAGAGAUGUGCAAGCAAAAUGAACAGCAUUUUCUUCAGCAUAGCUCAGGAACAAAGGAAAACAUGUCUCCUUGCCUUCGUGUCCAGCAAAACAGCAGUAUAGCAAAAGCAACAUGCAACAGAAGUUCCCAGCAGACAGUGCUGAGAGUAAACAGGCAUGUGAUACACAACAGCCAUGCCUGACCCUUUUAAGGUUGAAUGGAACUACAGUGGUACCUCGGGUUACAUACGCUUCAGGUUACAUACACUUCAGGUUACAUACGCUUCAGGUUACAGACUCCGCUAACCCAGAAAUAGUACCUCAGGUUAAGAAUUUUGCUUCAGGAUGAGGCCCCAUUAGCUAAAGUGGUGCUUCAGGUUAAGAACAGUUUCAGGUUAAGAACGGACCUCUGGAACGAAUUAAGUACUUAACCCGAGGUACCACUGUAUAUCCUAACAGUUUCUACCCAAAUGCGAUUUUGGUUUUAAACGCAGUGUUAGAAGUCUCUAUGGGAGUACAUUGUAUUUAAAAAUGGGGUACCAGAGUUUUUAGGGGGCUAAGCAGGUUGGGAUAGCUGGGAUAGCAGGCUUGUUGGGUUUUGAAUGUCUGAUGUAGAUUUUUCAAUUUCAUUGUUCUGUAUGGGACAAUGACAAUAAAGAUUAUCGUAUCGUAUGACCCCCUCUAGCUCCCACAAUGUAAGAAGGAUACAGACAAGCUGGAGGGUGUACAGGGGAGGGUGACCAAGGGUCUGGAAACGAAGCCUGAUGACUAACGGUUGAGGGAGUUUGGGUAUGUUUAGCCUGGAAAAGAGGAGACUGAGAGGAGAUAGGAGAGCCACAAGGUAGGGAGGCCCACCUGAUAGCUGCACAGCGAUCUGUUGAUGAAACUCUCGCGUGACAAGACAAAGAGCAAACCCCUUGCAGCUGACUCACUGACCCUCUUUCCCCACCCCUCACUUUCCCUUUCACACAGAUGUGCCUGAGCCUCUCCAGCGUGGUCCUGGGACUGAACGCCAGGCUGGGCACUUUGGUUGGUAAGUUGCCGCCCGAAGGGCGGGGGGAAGGGAGGAGCUUCUGGGUUACUCUGCCCGCCCAUCCCAUAAAACCCAUAGCAGAAUCGAGAGCUAUCUGUGCACCACACAUUGUGGAAACGCAGAGUAAAAAUAUAUUCUAUUAUUAUCGACAACAACAGCACUAUCAACAAUAAUAAUAAUAAAUUAAGAAGUGUGCCACCUCCCAAUCGUGAAACAGCCCUGCGAUUCAUUUAAAUUGACAAGUGUGAAUGCAAGAGCCAUUGCAAAAUGCACCAGAGAAAGGACUUCUUCACAGCUUAGGACCCUUAUACCUACGGGACCGCCUCUCCCGGCGUGCCCCGCAGAGGACCUUAAGGUCCAUAAAUAAAGGUAAAGGUAAAGGUACCCCUGCCCAUAUGGGCCAGUCGUGUCCGACUCUGGGGUUGUGUGCCCAUCUCACUCUAUAGGCCAGGGGCCAGCGCUGUCCGAAGACACUUCCGGGUCACGUGGCCAGCGUGACAAGCUGCAUCUGGCGAGCCAGCACCAGCGCAGCACACGGAAACGCCGUUUACCUUCCCGCUAGUAAGCGGUCCCUAUUUAUCUACUUGCACCCGGGGGUGCUUUCGAACUGCUAGGUUGGCAGGCGCUGGGACCGAAUGACGGGAGCGCACCCCGCCGCGGGGAUUCGAACCGCCGACCUGACGAUCGGCAAGUCCUAGGCGCUGAGGUUUUACCCACAGCGCCACUGCGUCCCUUAAGGUCCAUAAAUAGCCACACCCUAAAGGUCCCAGGCCCUAAGGAAGUCAGAUUAGCCUCAACCAGAGCCAGGGCCUUUUCAACACUGGCCCCGGCCUGGUGGAACGCUCUGUCUCAUGAGACCAGGGCCCUGCAGGAUCUGAUUUCUUUCUGCAGGGCCUGUAAGACAGAGUUGUUCUGCCUGGCCUUUGGCUUGGAAUCAACUUGAUCCCCUCCCCCUCUUUCCUUUUUUCCUUUCUUCUUCUGUGAUGGAACUCCUAUCUGGGGACUUCACUGGCUUUUUUCUGGCCCACGUAGGACCAGUCUGGAUAGUUAGCCUCGGUGACAACUUAACGUUUUCAUCCCCCCAAAAGUUUUUGAGUUUCUGCUGAAAUGAGGCAGCAUUUUAAUGUUGUAUUUUAAUCUUGCUUUUAAAGUUGUAUUUCAAUCAUUUGUUUUAUAUCUGGUGUUAGCUGCCCUGAGCCCGUUCUUCGCUGGGGAGGGCGGGGUAUAAAUAAAAUUAUUAUUAUUAUUAUUAUUAUUAUUAUUCAGCGCAUAGUUAAACUAUAGAACUCCCUUCCAUGGUAAGGGCCACCAGCCUAAGUAAAGGUAAAGGGACCCCUGACCAUUAGGUCUAGUCGUGGCCGACUCUGGGGUUGCGGCGCUCAUCUCGCUUUACUGGCCGAGGGAGCCGGCGUACAGCUUCCGGGUCAUGUGGCCAGCAUGACUAAGCCGCUUCUGGCAAACCAGAGCAGCGCAUGGAAACGCCGUUUACCUUCCCGCCAGAGCGGUACCUAUUUAUCUACUUGCACUUUUUAGCGUGCUUUUGAACUGCUAGGUUGGCAGGAGCUGGGACCGAGCAACGGGAUCUCACCCUGUCACGGGGAUUCGAACCACUGACUUUCUGAUCGGCAAGCCCAAGAGGCUCUGUGGUUUAACCCACAGUGCCACCCGCGUCCCAGGCCACCAGCCUAGAUGGCUUUAAAUGAGGAUUGGGCAAAUUCAUGGAGGAGGGGAGGGCUAUUGAUGGCUACUAGGAAGGAUGGUCUUACUCCACAGCUGGAGGCAGCAAUGCUUCUGAAUUCCAGGCGCUAGAAGCCACAGGAGGGGAGGAUGCUCAAAUCCUGUUCAGUUGCUGUGAGAACGGGAUGCUGGACUAGAUGGGCCAAUGGCUGAUCCAAUAAGCUCUUUAUAUAUCCUUAGAAUUUCUCAUGAUGGCAUCCGAAAAUGCCAACAAUGAGAGGAAAGGUGAAGAAACGGGGAACAGCCUGAGUCUUUUACAUAACUUGCUUGCAAAGGGAUUGGGCAGGAAAACAAGCCACCCGAUAGGUGUGGAGACCUUGUUGAUGCAAGGUAGAGCUCAGUUUACCUGUUGGAGGAGGAACUUCCUCUUUGCUCCGCUCCAGAGCACAGUGUCGGUUUCUCCUGAGCCCCUCUGUCCUGUUUUGAUCCCUCUUAAUGGGAUAAUUAAAUAUGCUUUAAGGGCCGUGUAAGGAGGAAGGUCAAUAUUGACCAGCACCUGCUCAGUCAACAGAAGAUUACAAGAGCCACCUUCCUGCAACAAGGUCCUGGAGCUGAGCCAGCUGGGAAGAUAUUUCGGAGAAUUGCCGUGGUGUGUGGGUUCCUGGUGACUGUUUUCAAAUGUUAGGGAGCCUUGAGGGUUCCUUUUCUUUUGAGUGUAUCAGGUAUAUUUUGCUGAGAAAACAGCUGCAAGGUUCAUUCCCUGACUGGCUCUCUGUUGGCCUACUGGCUUUGACCAGGUCCAUACUGGUUCUCUUGUGAGAUCUUGGGGCUGUGCGGUUUUGUGUGGGUUCUCAUAGGCAGUUUCAACAGCAAGCCAACAGAUCUGGGCCAAGGGCAGAGCUUCUCCAUGUUCAGGAUACCAACACAGCCCCAUUGGGUAGAUCUCAUGCAUCCCCUACGGAAGGUUCAACUUCAGUCCUCCAUUCUGAGGCUUCUGAGAUAGCAAAGACCACUGCAAGGCAGAGUAGAACCUAAUUUGUUAUCAACACAAAAAUAUGACGCUUCAGUGCGCAGGGUCAGCCCAUUGAUCCGUGGCUGUAUGAUUAUAGUUCAAUAACAAAUUAUUUUGCAUCCUUUCUUAUUUACCCAAUUAGAGAGUGCAAGCUUGUAGGCAGGGAUUCUCCCCACUGUUAAAAAACCACAACUUUAUUGAAAAUUGUAAAAACAUUUGCCAAACACAAAGUGUUGUCUCCCAAGACAAAUGCAUGUAUAGAUGUUACGUCUUGUAUGCAGCCAUCCAUACGGCAUCAAAACAAACUUUUCUAUUACAGAUUAAGCUCACAUCCACAGGAUAGGCUUCAGUCUAAAGCGUUUAGGUCAUUUCUCCAUAGCGGUGUACUUUUAAGUCUUACUCUUCUUACUCACAACAUAUUAUACCCUGCUCUCUAUAUAAAAAGGCCCUCAGAUUGGCUUAUAAAAACCAGUACUAAGUCCUCGGUCCCUGACAUCAAGCUCUAAAAAGGCACAACACACAAGGAAAGAGGAAGGUGAGAGGAGGAAGAAAAAGCAAAUUCAUGCAGAAGUUCUUAAAAGUUGCAACUGAUGCCCGUGGCAGUUCUUAGUGUCUUCACAGAAUCAUAGGACUUUGGAGUUGGGGGGACCCCGAGGGUCAUCUAGUCCAGCCCGCUGCAAUGCUGGAUUCUAAAAUUGCAUUUUAACCUGUAUUUUAAAUUGGGUCCCCCCCUUCUCCCUCUCUUUCCCCAUAGUAUGUUUUUACUGUGAUUUUAUUUUAUUGGUGUUAGCAGUCCUGAGCCCGGCUCUGGCCGGGAGGGCGGGGUAUAAAUAAAUUUUAUUAUUAUUAUUAUUAUUAUUAUUAUUAUUAUUAUUAUUCCCUUGAUAAAGAGCAGUCCUUCCCUUGAAUCACCCCCCAGAGCACAGGUAGUGGACAGGGUCCAGACCAGAAGGGCAGGGCACCUUGUACAGUACUUGAAUUGGAAGGUACUUCAUUACAACGAUUGCUUUAUGAAUGAUGAUGAAACUGCAGAGCUAAAACUGCACGCAGAGCCCUCAGUGUAACCCAAUGUCCUCUUUGUACCAUCAUUUUGCCCCCUGCAGGCCUGAAUUCCAUCAACCCCAUGUCAAGCCUCCAGUACGCCAUGAUGGAAGAUCCUGAGAUCACCGAAGAUUACAUCGAUUUGGAUUUAAACGUAGGUUCCCUACACCCCACCCCACCCCAAGCCUGCGGGGCUCCCACUUAGCCUGGGAACCAGACCUUGCAUGAACACUGAUGUGUCAUAUAGCUCAGGACCAGGACAGCUGCCCUGCAGCAGAAGGUCCCAGGAAGAUCUCCAGGUAGGAGCGAGGAAGUCUUCUGCUAAUGGGCAUUGUAGACCCGCCUUUCCCAACCUGGUGCCCAACAGAUCUUUUGGACCACAAGACAUAUCUGAUGUAGCCAGCUGGACUCAUAGUCCAAAAUGACUGGAGGGGAUCAGGUCGUAGAAGAUGGAUGGAAACAAUAUUGACGGAUCCUCGGUUUGUCUUGCAGGAUAACUUGGAAAAUGAUGACCAAAAGUCCAGAGGUAGCAUUAUUAUCAAUUUACAACAGGGUAGAAGGUUCGCAGGCUAUGAAGGACUUGCUCACAAAUCUAUUGACAGCUGGACAAACUAUGAUAGCCAGGAAGUGGAAGGGGCAAGGGGUAUAUAAAAUGGAAGAAUGGUACAAGGAGGUGUGGAAUAUAGCUAUUAACGAUAAAUUAGCGUGGGCCAUUAAGGUAAGAUGGGGAAUGUGCAGGAGAGAUGAUUUUGAGGAGAUAUGGAGAGUGUUUGUAGAAUUUGUACUGUUAAAACAGAAAGGGGUCAAACUGUCGUAAGAGGUGUUGAAAUUUUGGGAGGUUGGAUAGUUACAAUGGAAUGGUCUUGGAGGAGGGGUGCACAAUUUUAUUCUUAUAUAUGUAUGGUUAUUGCUUUGUCAAAAGAAAAAGGAAGAAAAAUAAUAAUUCCCUUGGCUAAGUUCUUGCAAAGCUCUUACAGCUCUGGUCCUCUCAUUGGCCUGAUCUAGCAGAACUCUUAUCAUGUUCAGAGAAUGGCAACCAAAAUCAUGCAGGGAAUGGAGAAACUCUCCCAUGAGGAAAGGUUGCAGCACUUGAGAUUUUUUCCCCUUCAAGUUUAGUUUAGAGAAAAGGUGACUAAGAAGCAGGUUUGAUGAGGCCCUAACUACUGAAGGUAAAAUAAAGGUAAAGGGACUCCUGACCGUUAGGUCUAGUCAUGGCCGACUCUGGGGUUGCGGUGCUCAUCUCGCUUUAUUGGCCAAGGGAGCCGGCGUACAGCUUCCGGGUCAUGUGGCCAGCAUGACUAAGCUGCUUCUGGCGAACCAGAGCAGUGCACGGAAACGCCGUUUACCUUCCCGCUGGAGUGGUACCUAUUUAUCUACUUGCACUUUGACGUACUUUCGGACUGCUAGGUUGGCAGGAGCUGGGACCGAAUAACGGGAGCUCACCUCAUUGCGGGGAUUCGAACCGCCAAACCGCAGGUGCUGGUUUAACCCAUAGCGCCACCUGCGUCCUGUACUGAAGGCAACGGGGCCCUUUAUAUGUCCAGCUGUCCUUUGUCAACAACAUACUGUCAUUGUUAUUUGUGUUGAAUAUAUGCUAUAUGGUAAUUUAGGGACCUAAUAGGCAUCUAAAGCCAUUUGCACAUGUUGCCAUGCAACUGUCCAUGCAGAAUGUGUUGUUGUUGUUUAGUCGUGUCCAACUCUUCGUGACCCCCUGGACCAGAGCACGCCAGGCACUUCUGUCUUCCACUGCCUCCCGCAGUUUGGUCAAACUCAUGCUGGUAGCUUCGAGAACACUGUCCCACCAUCUCGUCCUCCGUCCUCCCCUUCUCCUUGCGCCCUCCAUCUUUCCCAACAUCAGGGUCCUUUCCAGGGAGUCUUCUCUUCUCAGGAGGUGGCCAAAGUCUUGGAGCCUCAGCUUCAGGAUCUGAUGCAGAAUGUAGGCACCCUAUAUAUAGAAAGGAGCAAACCAGUGAUAUUUUAGGUAGCAGGCAAGCAGAUGGGGCCCAUGACUUACAUCAUAGGAGCCUACGUAACACAAAACACUGUUGCUGGAUGUAGGUUUUAUUUUAUUUGUUUUUAUCUUAUAUUUUGGAAAUGUACAUCCAGGUUUUUUUCCUUUAAUUUUUUGGGGGGCCUCCAAGAGAGUGGGGCCCUAAGCUAUAGCUUGUUUAGCUUAUACGUAAAUCCAGCACUGCUAAGAUGGGACAUGAUGGAAGUUCAUUAAAAGCUCCCCCCCUCUUUCAUAACACAAGUAAUAAUAAUAAUAAUUUAUUAUUUAUACCCCGCCCAUCUGGCUGGGUUUCCCCAGCCACUCUGGGCAGCUUCCAAAAAAUAUAUAUUAAAAUACUGUACUACAUCAAACAUUAAAAGCCUCCCUAAACAGGGCCGCCUUCAGAUGUCUUCUAAAAGUCUGGUAGUUGUUGUUCUCUUUGACAUCUGGUGGGAGGGCACCCAACGAAGCAGAAUGAAAUGCAGACAGAUAAAUGGAAGUUCUUCCAUCAUGGAAAUGUGGAACUCACUGCCACAGGAGGUCAUGAUGAACCCAGAUGGCUUCAAAAGAGGAUCUGACAAAUUCAUGGAGGAGAAUAAGGCUACUGAGGACUGUUAGCCAGGAUGGCGAUGCCGUACACCCACAACUGGAGGCAGGAAAUUCUUCUGCGUACCAGUUGUUGGAAAACUCAGGAAGGGAGAUGGCACUUAAUUCUGUCUCUUUCCAAAUCUCCGCAGGCUGUCAUUGCGCUGAUGGGGAAGCCAGUCGACUUCGAACCUGCCGGCCCUCUGCCCCCUUUCUCUCUGCCACCCCCAGAGACGGUUUCCGACGACUCCAUGGUGAACAUGGGCCUCUCAGAGCAUCUCUUUGCCAGCCUUUUCGCCAGCCUGGAGCAAUCGGGAGCCCUGAACCUCCAAAUCGGAGGCCAGUCGGUCAGUAGAGGGAGUGUCAUUUGUGCGUAGUGAAUGCCACCCUAAGCCGAGGCGAGCCCAAACCUGUUUAUUUAUUUCUCAACAUUUAUACCCUCCUUGAUUGCACUCACACUCAAAGUGGUUUAUGGAAAAUAUAAAACAAUGGAAUCGCCAAUGAGAAGAAGUCACAGCAAUAAUUUAAUUAUUUAAAUAUCCUUUAUUCAUUAAAAAAAAAAUAUUUGCCUACUGCUGUGUGAUUUAAAAAAAAAUCUGUCAAAUCAGUUUUUUGUUGUUGUUGUUGAUGAUGAUGUUUAUUUAAACCCCUCCUUUUCCCCUGUCAAGGACUCAAAGUGGCUUACAGAUAAAAUAGAAACUGCUAAACACAGGAAAACAAUAUUUAAGAAGGAAUUAAACAUCACACACACACACACACACACACACACACACACACACAAGUGUGUGUGUGUGUGUGUGUGUGUGUGUGUGUAUCUACACACUAUUCUAAAAGAAAAAAAAAGUGUUUGGAGAUAAUGCAGAAAUGGGACAGACUUCUGGAAACAGACAAACCUGGAAUGCUCUGGACUCUCAGAGCAGGGGGACAGAGGAGAGACCCAGGCUGUUCCUAAGGCUCGAGACUGAGAAUUCUUUGCUUCUUUUCAGAGCCACCUCACCACCUCCAUGUUGGAGCAGGCCAUCCCCUCGGUAAGUGAUGCCCAGGAACCAACGCAGGCCUGGCGAACCCUUUAUUUGAUCUGAGAGGUAUUUUAGCUGGGUGGAAGGAUGUCAGGGGCCGCAUUCCAGUAGUGGGUGGGGCCAAACCCACUCGCAAUAACACCCCUCUUUCUCUCUCUCCAUCACACACCUUUUCUGUGGAGAGCCUGAAUUGCUGUGGGUUUUUUGCGCUUUAGCCUUAAAGAGCAGUUUUUUGCAGAAAAAGCUCUGCAAAAGAAAAAGGAAAAAAAAAAGGGGGAGGGGAAAAGAGUGCUCAGAUGUGGAGUUUUCAAGUUUUUAAGAGCAGGCCAAAUGGUAAGUUGGAAUAAGUCCUUAAGGGAGUCUGAGGGAGAAGGUAGAGGCAGUGGUGUAGCAGGGGUUGCCAGUGCCCAGGGACCAUAGCUGUCAACUUUUCCCUUUUCUUGCGAGGGAUCCUAUUCGGAAUAAGGGAAUUUCCCUUUAAAAAAGGGAAACGUUGACAGCUAUGCCAGGGACGGGGUACGCAUGUGCCUGCAACUGCCUAAAGGCAUCCGCGUCACCCAGGAGAUUGCAGCUGCAGAGAUAAGAAAAGAAGAAGAAGAGUUUGGAUUUGAUAUCCCACUUUAUCACUACCUGAAGGAGUCUCAAAGCAGCUAACAAUCUCCUUUUCCCCUUCCUCCCCCACAACAAACACUCUGUGAGGUGAGUGGGGCUGAGAGACUUCAGAGAGCUGUGACUGGCCCAAGGUCACCCAGCGGCUGCAUGUGGAGGAGCGGAGACGCGAACCCGGUUCCCCAGAUUACGAGUCUAUCGCUCUUAACCACUACACCACACUGGCUCUCAGUGGAAGAGUUGUUCCAUUGUCUGGAAAGGUCACUUUCUGGUUCGCAUGGAGAAGCCAUUUUCAACGGAGCCCAGCGACGGAAGCGUGCAGCUGUAUUGAGGCACCGCCGGGUGUUGACAUUUUGCGCCCCUAACAAUUUUGUGCCCAGAGCAACUGCCCUUUGUGGUUCCCUUCACUACGUCAUUGGGUAAAGCAUCUCUGCCAGGGCUAAAGGGGCCUAAUUCUGCAUGAGGCAGCUUCAGGUGUGCGAUGGGCCACAACAAUGCAAAUAACACCCCCCUCCUUCCAUUCCCACUAUAGAUCUCAAAGCGUUACCCCCAGGCUGUUGCCUUGAUGCUCAACGUAGUGGUCAGCAAGCUCCCCAUGAUCAGCUUCCAUGAGGGCGCAGCGAUCCUGCGCCUCAGUCCCGUCAUCCAGGUGGGCGUGGCUGAAUCCGGAUCCUUCCAACAGUCGCAGGCACUCUUCACCUUGGGUGUGGUGAGUAAAAGCAGCUAGCCUUUGUUUCCUUGUUCUCCUGCCUUGGCAACUUGCAGCUCUCAGGGCGAUGACGGCUCGCUCGGCACGAAGGUUGGUUGUCAAAGCUCUUGCUGGACACCAGCCGUUGUGCUGGGCUCCAUCUGAAUGCAGCCGGGAUGAGUCUCGCAGUGCAAAUGCACACCUGUGUGUGAACCGCCAUCUACAAUGGUUGUACAUCCAUAUGGAUCUCCUAAGGGACCAUCUCACCUCAUAUAUCCGUGCGGCGCAGCUAUGUUCCUCAGAUGAGGGCACUGCUGAGAGCACCAUGUGACCUAGGGAUGUGCUUAGUAUGUACUAGAACCUGGGCUUUUAGUGUUGCAGCUCCAGCCCUCUGGAAUCAGUUGCCAGCUCAAAUAAGACAAGUGUGUAGCACAUUGAUAUUUUAUGCAUUGUCUUUUUUUAAAAUAAUAUUUAUUGCUUUUAAACCUUACAAAAAGGAGAAAAGAAAAAGAAAAAGAAAAAGAAAAAGAAACAAUACAAUACAAUAUAUAAGCAAUACACAACACAACAUUAACACAUUAAACAAAACGAGAACAAAAACAGUUCAAAAAACACACAUCAUACCAUCUCAAUAUCCUCUCUUUCAUUCCCUUGUUUCAUCGACCUCCUCCCACCUCCCUUUUUGUAUUCCAUUUCUAUUAAUUAUUUCAGCAAAUCCUUUCCAUCUUUCUCUAUUUUCUGUCAUAUGAUUAUCUUAACAUAUUUUAACCUUAUUUUCCAUUAAUACUAUAAUACUUAUUUAUGCUUAAUUCCUUAAAACAUUUCUACUAAAGCCGUAUAAUUUCCUUCCAACAUUUUUCUAGCACUCAUUAAUUUUACAUUACUUCCAUAUAUAGAUUUUAAACUUUCCCCAAUAUUCUUCCACCAUCUCUUCUCCCUGGUCUCGGAUUCUGCCAGUCAUUUCCGUCAAUUCCAUAUAGUCCAUCAACCUGGUGAUCUUCUGUCCGAGGCUCUUAACUCUUUUCCAAGUCCCUUCUGCAAGUCUUCUAUAUUCAUGCACUUUACUUUGUCUUCUCCUGAUCUUGUUCUUAUUUUCCUUCCUUUGAUGCUGAGAAGUAGAUCUCAGGGAAAUUCCCACCUAGCAAUGUUUUUAUUCCUUCUCGACAAGUCAGCCAAAUCUCCAUAGUGAAAACUAAAAUUCAAAAGAUAUUUCCAGUCGUAUUUCAAAGUUCCUCCAAGUCUGGCAGUCCCCACAACUCCAGUCUCCUCCUGACCCAAGUCCAGGUCCCAAAGGUCAAUAAAUCCCUGCAUGAAGGGAUCUAUCCAACUUUCCUUCUCCAGUCCAAGCGGGGCUCCAAUCCUCAAAGUCUGGCUUUCUCUAGAUUCAGUCAUAAAAGGCAUCCACUUAUAGUCAUCAAAUUGCAUCUGUAAAGCUGGGGCUCUUUCCCUCUCCACUUGUGCUACUUUAGGUUCCACAACAACAACUUUCUCCCCCGCCUUCUCCUCAAUUUGCCAUGUCAAAGUAGAUCCCUGUAUCAAUUCCUGAAUAGUUUCUGUAUUAAUAUUCACUUUUUGUUCCAAGUUAUCAAUUUUUAUAGUCAUCGCAUCCGUCUUCUUAUGGAGCUGUUCCAGUGAAUCAUUAAUCUUACAUAAUGCAACCACUAUGGCUUCUUCUGUCAACAUUCUUAACGGUCCAAGGUCAAUCCCAGAUUCUCACAGUUUUAUCUUGCAGGUGGAAAAUUCCCCCAGCUCAGCUUUUGUAACAAUUUCAAAGGCUUCCUCUAGAGGGAAACAAUUUCUAUUUGUAUCAAUCCUUUUAAGCACAGUUCAAACAAUAAAGUUAGUUUCAAUUUUCAGUUACUUUUACUCCUUUUUAAACGCAGAAGGAGACAAUGGAAACAAUGUAUUUCUCUUCUUUAACUUACUGUCAACAAACGAUCUAUUCACAUUCAAUGAGCAUAUCCAAAACUUCAAUCUUACUAGCAGCCUGUUUCCAGGUUCAGAGCGGUGGUAAUUUAACUUUCUUCACUCUCUCCUGCAGGCUUACGCGAUCUAAAAUUUCCCCCCUCUUCUCCUGCUUCCAAGGGGGGUUUGAUGAUUUUAGCCGAUGGAAGUUUAAUCCUUUAUGUAAGGCUUUCCAAGACUUUAGCUUGCAGCCUCUUUGCUUCAGUCUAUUUACAAAAGGGGAAGGCGGACUUCCUGUUUGAAACCUCCCCGUUUCGGUGCCAAAUUAAGACGUUUAAAAAUCCAAUUUUCCGUUCUACUCACGGGUAGUUGUUUUAAGAUCAAAUUGUCCACAGGAAAAAGUCAGCGCUCUCUGGCAACAGCAAUGCGGCUUCACUCCAUGAAAGAAGCAGUCAAUUCGAAGCACUGCGCCACUCACCCCACGUCGCUCCGGAUCCCGGAAACCGGGUUUCCCCGCGAGUAGGGGAGGCGCAAAAGGUGCCAGCCGAAUCCCACGUUCACAGGCUUCUCCCGCCUGUGAUUUUUUGUGGGUCCCCGCCUUCGCCGUGGCGGCCAGACCCUAAUUUCCACGAAGCAAAUUCCUCCCGGUCAGAGGAAUUCAGCCAUUACCGGAGGCGCUAACCCGAAAGUCCGAUAUUUUAUGCAUUGUCCUCUUGCAAAUCAAGCAAGUGAUGCAUCUAAGCAGAAGUCUCCUCUUGAAGUCUGACCUGGUCAUUUUAGGGAAAAUUAAUUGUACUAUUGUAGAAACGAGGCUAUUUCUUUUAGUUUACCAAGUCUGCAAUUUUUAUUUACAGUCUGUAUUUUAUCUUACUAUCUGCCUAUUUGGCAGCUUUCAAUUGUCAAGUGGUUUAUAAAUAUUUGCACUUGUCCAUCGACACUCUGGAGACUGAGUGUGCCUGCCCAUGUAGGAUUUUAAAAUAUAGGAUUUCUGCUCUCAGUGGGCAAUGGGUUGGGCGAGCUGUGGGUGGGUCAGGGAGCUGAAGCAAGCUGCACAGGUGGGGUGUGUGUGUGCGGCAGGUUGGGUGAGGUGUAAAAGGAAGAGGAUGUGGUGUGUGUGUGACAAGCAACACAAUCACAGCUGGCAGCUCCUAUUAUUACUACAGUUGUGCCUUGGUUGUUGAACGCCUUGGUACUCGUACAUUUUGGCUCCCGAACUUUCGAAACCCGGAAGUGAGUGUUCAGCUUUUUGAACUUUUUUUGGAAGCCCAACGUCCGAUGCGGCUUCCGCUAUUGUUUCCGGUGCGCCUGCGCAAUCAGAAGCCAAUCAGAAGCCGCGCCUUGAUUUCGGAAGUCGAACGGACUUCCUGAACGCAUUCUGUUCAAAAACCAAAGUACGACUGUACAGUCAUACCUCGGGUUGAAGUUGCUUCAGGUUGAGCGCUUUCGGGUUGCGCUCCGUGGCGACCUGGAAGUAACGGAACGCGUUAAUUCCGGGUUUCGCCACUCGCGCAUGCACAGACGGUCAAAAUGAUGUCAUGCGCAUGUGCGGAAGCAGCAAAUCGCGACCCACGCAUGCACAGACGCGCAGUCGCCAGUUGCGUUCGCUUCAGGAUGCGAACAGGGCUCCAGAACGGAUCCCGUUCGCAUCCUGAGGUACCACUGUAUAUUACUAUUACUAUUAUUAUUACUAUUACUAUUACUAUUAAAAUUUGAAUACCACCCUUCAUUUGAAGAUCAUAGCAUGGUUCACAACAUAAAAGUAUUAUAAACAAACAAGGAAACAAACAAACAAAUGAAGGAUAGAGCCUUUGUAGCUUUCUCUCAUGAAAACGAUCCCUUCCCGGUCUUCUGUUUGCAGGACCUGACCUUAGCUGUCAAGCUGGAUGUCACCAUUACAAGUCUCCAUCUGACAGUUGCCGUCCAUGGGUGAGUUCAGCCAGACAUUUUACUUUCCUUUUUUUUUAUAUUAUAUAAUAAUAUUUAUUCCUUUUACAACAAUUUAAACACAAAAAACAAAGAAAAAACAGUACGUUAAAAUACAAAAACACUACAUAGAAAUUAACAAAACAAAACAAAAACAACUCACACCUCCCUUUUUGUAUUCCACUUCUAUUAAUUAUUUCAGCAAUUCCUUUCCAUCUUCCCCUGUUUUCUAUCCUAUAAUUAUCUUAACACAUUUUAACCUUAUUUUCCUUUACUACUCUAUUAAUCUAUUUAUACUUAAUUCCUUAUAACAUUUCUACUGAAGCCAUAUAACUUCAUUCCAACAGACAUUUUACUUUCCUUACCAUUUUACUUCCUGCCUCACCCCCCCACCCCGCCUGAUGAGGGUCAACUGUUUUCUGCUUUCAUUGUGGCGAAGGAUGAAAGGGACACUCCAGUCCCCGUCCUUUCCUCAGGGACCUGAGGGACGUGAGUGUCCAGUUCACUGGUACAGCUGAAGCCAUCAUGACUCAUGUCGUUCUGCUUUGUCUUGCAGAGAUGUUGGUCUGGAGGUGGAGUCUUCUAGCAUGGAGAUAACAGAGGUAUGCCACCCGCCGUUUGCCUUCCUUGCUGCGCUCCAUGGAAGUAGCCAGGAUUUUUGCUUGGGGGGGAUUUAGCUGGGGUGGUGGUGGUUUGCUGUGUAUUUUACGCCCAUGUUGUGCUCCCAAGUGGGUCCAAUAGAUGUUCUGAGCCUGUUUAGGCCACGUCUUCUGCAGCAUCCCAAGACUCUAGGGGGCUCUGGGUGCCUGAGCACCCACAAAAAAAUUGUUGUGGGUGCUCGGCUCCCACACCGCAGGGUCCCUGACGCAACCUCUGAGGUUCUACAGCAGGGGUCAGCAAAAUUUUCUCUGGCCGGCUUUCAACAAAAUAUUAAAAUACAGUAAUGCACCAAACAUUAAAAGCUUCCCUAAACAGGGCUGCCUUCAGAUGUAUCCUAAAAGUCUGGUAGUUGUUGUUCUCUUUGACAUCUGGUGGGAUUCCAGAUGUGUAAAAGUUGUGUAAAAGCCCCAGGUCUGACCCUUAGAGUCAUCUCUAACUUUUGGCCUCUCCUACUGUAUGUUGAUCCUCUGUUGUUUCACCAGUAAUGAAUUGUAGCCUCUCUGUAGAGAGUUGUUUCAUUCUUACUCUAUGCGCACGUGUAUCCGGGGGUCAGGCGGCCCAAACCUCCCUUGCUUAUGGGGGAAGGACCACAGGGCAGUGGGUGGCACACCCGUUUUGCUUGCAAGAAGUCACAGGUUCACUUCUUGGGUUGAAAAUCACGACAGACGAGUGGUAGGUGUCAUAUGAGAGGCGUCUCUGCCGGGGCAAGCCCCGGGAACUCUCUUUUAUUGAAUAUUACAAACAUUGCCACAGGUGUGCUUGUGGCUGAUUGGUUGAUACAAACACAAAGCAACUUGUUGCUGAUUGGUUAACAUAGGUACAAGGCGGGAAUUACAUAUGAGCAUUUAUCACUGAUAGAUCAAAGGAUGAGAAAUGGAGCUGGAACUAGACAGGCAUGAAUCCUCCUAAUUAAAUUAUAACUAAAGAUUAAUAUAACAUGACUAAAACAAUUACUAAUGAUUGAUCAUAACAUGAAAGAAUAUAAUAAUCAAGUUCCGUAGAUGUGGUCAGCUAUGCAUUAAGAACAGACCAUAUUGUUUUGUUCAUGAACUUGGAAUGAACUGAAGAAUGAGAGAAUGUCUAGGUGUGUUAGGCUUGGUGUGUUUGGAACAGUAUGUGCAGAAGCAGAAGCGAGACUUCCCAGAAUGCAAGAGAAAAGAAGCAAUAGUUCUCAUAGCAAGACUUCCCACAAUGCCACACGGCUAUGUGCAGUAAGAGAACUGCAGAAAGAGAACUUCCCUUCACAGCAUAAUAAUAAUAAUAAUAAUAAUAAUAAUAAUAAUAAUUUAUUUAUACCCCACCCAUCUGGCUGGGUUUCCCCAGCCACUCUGGGUGGCUCCCAACAGAAUAUUAAAAACGCAAUACAGCAUUAAACAUUAAAAGCUCCCCUAAACAGGGCUGCCUUCAGAUGUCUUUUAAAAGUAAGAUAGUUGUUUAUUUACUUGACAUCUGCUGGGAGGGUGUUCCACAGGGUGGGCACCACUACCGAGAAGGCCCUCUGUCUGGUUCUCUGUAACCUCGCUUCUCUCAAGGAGGGAACCGCCAGAAGGCCCUCGGAGCUGGACCUCAGUCUCCGGGCUGGACGACAGCAUCUGCUGGUCGGGCUGUGAAGGAGCCAUGAGUCUACAACCCUGGGGAGUUGCUGCAAGACAUGGAAGAAUCUGUCCAUUUCGGCUGCUACGGUUUCUCUUUCUUCCAUUCUUAAAUUCAGUUCUCCACAUUUUGCAGCAAUUUGUGAUGUUUCAUAAAGUGAAACUUCUCUAGCGUCUUAGUGCAAAUUUUGCCUAAUAAACACAUUUGUAUAUGCAGUUUUGACUAAAGAGGCAUUUUUUGCAAGCAAUUUCCCCACAUGCAAUGUAUUUUUUGCCUCUUAUAUCUUCAUUUUCAUGCACUCUUCCCCUUCAGCACAUGCAUUCUUGUAAACGUUGGUUGCUUUGAGAACUGCAUUGCAAAAUUCAGGCGAGUGCGGAUUUCAAAGCUUAGUCCCGUGUAUCGUUCUGCCUAUUGUUUCUGAACGUGUGAAUUGGAUAGAAUAGACUUUCGGUGCUUCGUCAAUCAAAUUUCUUCCCCAUCCCUAGUUGCUGUCAGUCAGAGCAGAUGAAAUUGUGCUAGGAAGACCGGUGGUCUGACUCUGCGUAAGGGAGCUUGCUUUGCUCCUCUGUGAUCACUCAUGUCAAGAUCUGGGACCAACCCAUUGCCUUUUCUCCCCUGGCAGAUCUCCUAUUUGAGACGUGUGGUCCUCUCUGAAUUUCAGGAUGCUUUCCUGGCUCACGUGAACGGUAAUGCAGGCAAAUCGCUUCAACAGCAGCUCCACUGAGGUCCUAGGAGCUCAGCACCUAGAGGGAGGGGGGCUGUAUGAAGAACAUGGGCCCAUGCCCCACAGUUGUCCCAUCAAGUUGGGGGUGCUGACCGUGUUGUCGUUUCCCCUUUGCAGCUGCUCUGAGUGUGGGGAUCUCUCUUCCCAAGCUCAACAACGUCCAGUACAUCGAGCCCGAGAUCCAGAUUCAUGAGGUGAGACUCCUUGGGCUGCGCUGCCUCCGUCCUUUCCUUCAGCCCCACUUAUUUAGCUAAGACAUUCCCAAAUCACCUGCCUGAGGGUUUCCCCACAAUGGGCAUCUGGUUGGCCACUGUGAGAACAGGAUGCGGGACUAGAUUCUGGGCCCAUUGGCCUGGUGCAGCUGAUGUUCUUCUGAGUGGUCCAUGAUGAACACAACAGCUGAAGAUGCUCAAGGUCUUCUCCUUAAACUCUGAGCAUAACUGAGGUCAGAUUGACCCACCUUUGGAAAACAUGGGAGCCUGUCCAUAGUAGUAGCAAUAAUAAUAAUUUAUUAUUUAUACCCCGCCCAUCUGGCUGAGUUUCCCCAGCCUCUCUGGGCAGCUCCCAAUCGAGUGUUAAAUACAAUACAGCAUUAAAUAUCAAAAACUUCCCUAAACAGGGCUGCCUUCAGAUGUCUUUUAAAAAUAAGAUAGCUGCUUGUUUCCUUCACAUCUGUAAGGGAGGGCGUUCCACAGGGCAGGCGCCACUACCGAGAAGGCCCUCUGUCUGGUUUCCUGUUACAUUACUUCUUGCAAUGAGGGAACCGCCAGAGGGCCCUCGGUGCUGGACCUCAGUGUCCGGGCUGAACGAUGGGGGUGGAGACGCUCCUUCAGGUAUACAGGACCAAGGCCGUUUAGGGCUUUAAAGGUCAGCACCAACACUUUGAAUUGUGCUCGGAAACGUACUGGGAGCCAAUGCAGAUCUCUCAGGAUCUGUGUUAUGUGGUUUUGGCGGCCGCUCCCAGUCACCAGUCUAGCUGCCACAUUCUGGAUUACGUAAUUGCAGUUUCCAGGUCACCUUCAAAGGUAGCCCCACGCAGAGCGCAUUGCAGUGGUCCAAGCAGGAGAUAACCAGAGCAUGAACCAGUCUGGCGAGACAGUUUGUGGGCAGGGAGGGUCUCAUCCUGCGUACCAGAUGGAGCUGAUAAACAGCAGCCCUGGACACAGAAUUGACCUGCACCUCCAUGGACAGCUGUGAGUCCAGAAUGACUCCCAGGCUACACACCUGGUCCUUCAGGGGCACAGUUACCCCAUUCAGAGGACCCCAGGACCCCAGGGAGUCCUCCACACCCACCCGCUUCCUGUCCCCCCCUCCUGUCUGGGCAGAACGAUGGGGGUGGAGACGCUCCUUCAGGUAUACAGGACCGAGGCCAUUUAGGGCUUUAAAGGUCAGCACCAACACUUUGAAUUGUGCUCGGAAACGUACUGGGAGCCAAAUGUUGUUGGACCACAUACGACUCCCAUCAUUGCUGCCCCUUGGCCAUGCUGGUUGGGCCGAUGGGAUUUGGAGUGCAACGCCAUCUGAAGGGGCACUGCGUUGGCUCCUGAGUGCCAUCUUGCAUCCGGUCUCCUGAGCCCCAGAAAUAAACUGCUUCUGUGUAGGAUAAUUUGAACACCUUUCCAUAUUGUUCCUCUACCCAAGAUCCCUCUGGCAGCAUGUAUUGACUCUUCUCUUGCCUUUUAACUUACAGGGUUAUGCUCAGGUCAACUGUGACCUUGACUACCAGCCCUGAGCUGAAAAGAAGAGCACAGAGGCAGCCAAGUCCUCCUCUGCAAGGCACAUUCAUCUCUGCUUUUUGUACCUGCAAAUCCUUUCGCUUUUGAAUGAAGAAGAGUCUACCUUUCUUCGCUGCAUGAAACAGAGGAAACACACCUGGUGGUUUGGCAGCAGGCAAUGAACAGGGGUGCGAUCUGGAACCCAUUCGCUCAGAAAUAAGGCCUGCCAAUUUAAAGGAAACUUACUUCCCAGUAAUGCACGGGUUCAUGCAUUCAUUAGGUGUUCUGCUUUCUCAAUUCUUUUCCUGUAAAUGUUGUUGAGUGAAAUAAAUACUAUGGGCAGCAAUAGAGCCAAAGCAAA